CUGAGUUUAAGCUACCAUUCUAAUAGUAAAGUAAAAAAUGUCUGGAAGAAAUGCAUUUGUUGUGGGUGUUGGUCUAACAAAAUUUUCAAAGCCAAACAGUCGGAAAUGGGAUUAUCCAGAUAUUGGAAGAGAAGCAGCAGAGAAUGCUCUAAAAGAUGCGGGGGUAAACUACAAUCAAGUGGACGCAGUUGUGGUUAGUCAUGUUUAUGGAGAGUCCACUUCAGGUCAAAAAGCUGUAUAUGAAUUAGGCUUAACUGGUAUACCUGUGUUCAACACAAACAAUAACUGUUCAUCUGCAUCGUGUGCUCUGAUGUUGAGUAGAUUGUUGAUACUAAGUGGUGAAUACAACUGUGUCUUAGCUUUAGGCUUUGAAAAGAUGGAUAGAGGGCUCACAACAAAAUGGGAUGAUAGAAUUAACCCCUCACAGAAGCAUUUUGAUCGAUUGGGAGCUUUUAACGUGCCACCGGAAUCUGUCACACCAGCCCUAUCUAACUUUACGUCAGAUGUCUUGAAAAUUUAUGCAUAUGGUGCAAGGGAGCAUUCCAGUAAAUAUGGUACCACCAAAGAACAGUAUGCAAAAAUAGCUUAUAAAAACCAUUACCACAGCCAGCACAAUCCUAAUGCAUCUUUGCAAAAAGUAAUUCCGAUGGCCGACAUUAUGAAGAAAGAAAUCUGUAGUCCAAUCACUUUGUUUAUGUGCUCUAUGACAGCCGACGGUGGAGCAGCGGCGGUUGUUUGUAAUGAAAAAUUCUUGCUGGAACAUUCCUUACAGAACAAAGCUGUUGAAAUUUUGGCUCAGCAAAUGAAGACAGACUUACCGUCAUCGUUUGAUUCAAAUUUACAAAAUGUCGGAGGAUACGACAUGGCUAAACAAGCUGCGGAGUACUGUUAUAGAAGGUCCGGCUACACUGCAAAAGAUGUGGACGUUUUGGAAGUACAUGACUGCUUCUCUUGUAACGAGUUGUUUAUGUAUGAAGCUCUCGGUUUGUGUGCGGAAGGUCAGGGUGGUAAAUUAGUGGAUGAAGGACAGUGGAUAACAAAUAAAGCUGGUGGACACUUAUUUCAAGUUGGAAAUCGAUGGGUAGUAAAUCCGGACGGAGGUCUGGAAUCUAAAGGACACCCAAUUGGAGCUACCGGGUUGGCACAGUGUGCGGAAAUCGUCUAUCAGCUUCGAGGUGAGGCUGGCAAGAGACAAGUUGAGGGCGCCAGAAUAGGCCUUCAACAUAACUUUGGGAUCGGAGGAGCGGCAGUGGUGACGAUGUAUAAGAAAUAUAGACCGGUGUCAUCUAGGCUGUGACCGGUGUCAUCUAGGUUGUGACCGGUGUCAUCUAGAUUGUAACCGGUGUAAUCUAGGUUAUGAUUAAAUAAACUCGGUCUCUGUUAUACAAAUACAAAAACAAGGAGAGAAUGUCGAAAUUGAAAUUGUGAUUGACUGUGUGACUACUUACUUUUCAGGAAUUAAUAUUUUCAAGAAAUUUUAUCGGAAAAAAGUUCAACUUCGAAAAUAAUUUGACUAUCUUUAUUUCGAUUUAUAUUGUUCGUUUUUAAGGGCUUUUUUUAGGGGACAAAAACAAACACUGAUGAAAUUAACAUUAAGGUUUUUGGUCAAUUAAAAUGGUAAAAGAAAUGAAACUACAAUUUCGCGAUUUUGAGUAUCUUAAUAAUUUUCACAGGAAUUAAUUUUCGCGAUAUUGACAAAAACUCUCAAACUUCGCGAAAAUUAAUUUCCUAAGCUAUUCUGCUCUCAAUCGAGAAAUGCUAGAAUAAGUGAUAGUCCAUCCUGUAUUGUCAGCAUAAUUUGUACAAAAUAAGAAUUUGUAGCUUAAAAAUAUAAACUAAAAAUAUAUUGGAAUAUUACAGGGUAGUCGCGCCUUCUCUUAAUUCUCCUCUGGAAGUAGAUUUUUUAACAACAUUCUCAUUAAAUCUCCUCGUUGUUUUUUUUACAACCUGUUGCAUGUUUUUUCUUCUAAAUACAUAAAUGCUACAUGGGUAUGUGAGAAUCUCCUUAAAUCUACUCAAUAUUUUAAAAUCUCAAAUAUUCUCAAUUUAUAUGGAGAAAAUGUAAAAACCUCCCCAAAUCUUAAUAUUGAUGAAAUAGUGAAUAUAAAUUAAAUUAUUUUAAACAAGAAAGUAAAUUAUAAAACCACGUAUUUUCAUUAACUUGUUCUUAACAGCAGUUUUUUAAGGUCAGAAUUUCGUGAAAUGUGGUAGUUUUUUCCGAACUUUUAUUGGUUACUAAGAAAACGUGUUGGCAAGAAGUGUAAAGUUUUUCGUCAGAAAUAAAAUGGCGUGCCAAGA